AUGCCGGCUAAGGAGUUGACUGACCUUUGCAUGGACUGCAAGGAGGAAAAGUUCAUCUUGACCAUCCGAAAGAGACGACUAUGCAGCUGCUGUUUCACCAAAUUUAUUUCCUACAAGGUCAUGCAACACAUGAGCAAAUAUAGCACUAGGAAGAAUCCAGGAAAAGCGACUACUUCAUUGCUUCUCCCGCUCUCCCUUGGUGUCUCUUCGUCUGUCCUGUUGCAUAUUCUAGACCAAGGGAUCCAACGCCAGCGCGCCAAACCGUACGCCACGCUCGACUUCGAUAUUCAUAUUCUCGUCAUUGAUCCGGCUACCAUUCACUUGUCUAGCGCUCAAUAUAAUCAAAUCUAUGAAGCUAUUGGGAAGCUGUGCCCAGACGUUUCCUUAACUCGAGUCCCGUUUCACAGCGUUUUCGAGUACGUCCCGAAUAUGAAGGACAUUAUGCGAGAAUAUGCGGGGCCUCGAUUUUCGGAUGAUGAGUUGCAGACCAAUGAGGACCGUUUGGCGGCAUUCCGUGCCUCUGUAUCCACUGCGACAUCAAAAGAUGAUCUUGACUCGGUGCUUUUGACCAGACUAGUAGUAGGGUUUGCCCAGAAGGCUGGGUACGAGACUGUGAUCUGGGGUGAUUCAGAUAGUCGACUUGCCGCGAAGACCUUGGCUGGUGUUUCCAAAGGCCGGGGUGCUUCGUUGACGUGGUUAGUUUCCGAUGGAAUGUCUCCCUGGGGAAUCGGCUUCGAUUUUCCCCUACGAGACCUCUCCAAGUUUGAGCUGGAACAGUAUCUCAGUGUCUGUCCAGAACUCUCUACUAUCGUCAUUCCUGAUGAGCCUCCAUCCGACAAUGUGCUUACAAAAAAUAUGUCCAUUGACGAGCUUAUGUUGCGGUACGUUCAGACUCAAGGUCAGAAGUACCGUGGAAUCAUGGCCAAUGUAGGCCGCACAGCAAAUAAGCUCGAGUCUACGGCUGGGUCUGACGAUCCGCUAUGUUCCUUGUGUGGAGGCUUAGUUGGAAAUGUCAAGGGCAACACUGGAGUCACAGUGGCCAGUCAAGCCGGCGAUAACCAAAGCUCCAAGUUCUGCUAUGGAUGCAUGAGAUCACGUCCUGAAGCCUUGUGCUAA